GUACUCUGGGGUCCUUCCACUGGAGGUGACAUUCAGUCGGCUAGCAGGAACAGGGGAAGCGGUUAGCAUCGACAAACAUUUCAACAUGGCACAGGCAGUGCAAAAACUGGUCGCUAAAGUACCCACGCUGGUCGGCGCCGCUGUCACCUACUCCAAACCUCGGCUAGCAACCUUCUGGCACUAUGCCCGUGUUGAACUUGUCCCCCCAACCCCUGCCGAGAUCCCCAAGGCCAUCGAGGGAGCCACAAACCUAAUCAAGGGUGUACAGACAGGACGUCUCGGUCAAACCACAGUGAAGGAUGCUGUCAGGAAUGGACUGGUGGCCACUGAAGUGUUGAUGUGGUUUUACAUUGGAGAGUGCAUUGGCAAGGGAGGCAUCGUUGGCUAUAAUGUCUGAAUUUUGGACUGUCAUGGUUUUUUUUUUCUCUUGAGCGUUGUAUGCUCAACUUCCUGCAAGAAUCCUGGGAACCAAUAAAUAGAUGUCUAUUGUUAAAGUGAC